GAUGUCCGAUCUUAAUUCAAUUUCCAGACGAUUAUUUUGUCUAUAUCGAAUAUCCGCGAAUAAAAAAAAUUAUGAUACAAAAAUGUUUGAUGUUAUAUGAACAUUGUUACAGUUCAUAUAUUGCAUAGCUUUCUUCCAUUAUUUUUAACCUAAACCUAAACUUCAGUAAUUUCAAUAAAAACAUUUCUCUUGGAAAAAUUGCAAUAAUGAUUUAUUGAAAAAUUUAUAAAUAGAAGUGAUAAAGGGUAUCACUUAUCUCGUAUUUGUGUUAUAUUAUUAGAAAAGACGAUUUUCCUAGACUGCUUCUGACAAUUAUCUUACUUUCAAUUUACAUAAGAUUCGAAAAUGCCAAAAAAAUACAGAACUAAAAGCUUCCAAUUGUGUCAUUGUUGUCACAAAUGGCGCUGCCAAUGUCUGGUGCCACGAAAAGAGAAACCCCAUCCUCCCUUUAACAGCGGAACAGAGCCAGGUAGCAAAAUGGGCUUGCAUCCCAAACUGAAGGCGCUUGUGCCAACGUCGCCAGCUGUGGGUUCUUACCAUCCUCGACCGAUCGAUCAUAAAUCCUUAAUUAUUAGUUGGCGAAGACAGCAAGAAACAGAAGAAUUUUCCGCCGCGAUGAGCAGGUUGGCAAAGGAAAUUGAGGACAAGAAGAGCAUAAUAAAAAUCGAUCGCGGACCCGCAAGUUAUGAUAUACUUCGCUGGCCAGAAAGGCCAGUUAUAGACGCUUUAGGCGAACCUUGUAAGAGUUUGCGAAUGGAUGUUGGUUUCGGGACCGUUCCGCAAUUCCAAACGAUUUACAAAUCCACCACGCCCGGUCCAGGAUACACACUGAGAACGCACAAUCCCUUUUUCUUUUUGGAUCAAAAAAGGUUACAAGAUUUUUCCCAUACACCUUCAUUUGAGUACGACAAUUUAGCUCCCAGAUUCCGAGAAACUAUAAGUACCUGCAGGUCUUUACCAUGCAAUAGAUACAAUGUGAAACAUCCAAAUUCACUGCAAGUCUACCUUGAGAAGGUCACAAGCAAGAGGGGACCUUACGAUCUUUUCACAGGUCCGAGAGACGAGAGUACUAUCAAGGGUUACUGGGCACAUGCAAAGUUAGAGGAUCGGGAUGAUUGGCCACGAAAAUUGCCAAGUGAAAUGGAGAAGCUCUCGAGCAAAUGUAACUAUUUCAAAGGAAAAUGGUCCACCAAUCCUAGAUAUACGAAGAAACCGGUUACGAGAAUGAUGUUACAAGAUAUCGGCACGUGUUACAAGGAUCCCGAUGAACCGGGGCCUGGUCAUUACAAUCCUCGGACACCGCAAAAACCGAGUUCGCUCAAAAGAUAUCCCUUCGAUAGCAAUAUAGAAUAUGCGCAACCACUUCCGCCAAGUGACAUUCGUCCUGGACCAGGAAGAUACAAGAUUAAACAGAAAUAUCAUGUAAAAGGAUACGGAUGGACGUGUGUUUUCAAGAGCAAAGUGCCUAGAACGAUCGGCGUCAUUGCGCCAUCGUUAUAUAAUGACUAAUAGAUAAUUUCUGCGGAUAAUUUAAUAAUAUAAUAAAAUAAUAUAAUAUAAUAAAAAACAU